GACUGGUAUAUCUUGCAAAGAAAAUCUCGAUUAUCUUAGUUUCACGUUGAAGCCGAGUUCUGUUCUAGCUUCUCUAGCUGUUUGUGUUGGUGGCGGUCCUUCUUCCCAAUGCGAAACAUCCGAACCUAUUGGGUCCCCGAAACCCCUGUCCUAGAUUUAUGGAUUAUUGGUACCUUACUUGACCCAUCCUUGCUGACAAAUCUGGGCAACCUAGUUGAAAAUAAGCAUGAGUCCACUUCUUACCCCACCGACACAACAGUUGACAAUUAUGCACAACGCCGAACUAGGAGGCCAUUUACUGUGGUUCCUGUAAGUCAGAAGACCAAGCGCGCCGAUUAUGCACAAGAUCAGACCAAGAGGCCAUUUACUGUGUAUGAGGUAGAAGCACUUGUUCACGCAGUUGAAGAACUUGGAACUGGAAGGAGGUGGUGUGAUGCUAAGUUGCGAUCUUUUGAGAAUGCGGACCACAGGACUAAUGUAGACUUAAUGGAACGUUCGAUUUUCCGGUCGAUCAUGAUAGUGAUGGCAUGCAGAUGCAACCAUGGGUAG